AUGGAGUUCCUAUACGGUGACGAAAUGAUCGAUAUGAAUGAUCCAAAAACACAAUUUCAAGGCUAUCUGGCUGAACCUCAACUAAGAUUUGAUUUGGAUCCUUUUGAGUGGUGGAAUACAAGAACAAUCAAGUAUCCAAUCAUUUCCGAAUGUGCGAAGAAAUAUCUCACAAUACCAGCUACAUCAGUCAACUCUGAAAGAUGUUUUUCAACUGCCGGAAAUAUUGUUACACCAAAAAGGAGCUGCUUACUCCCAGAAAAUGUAAACACGUUAGUUUUUUUGUAUCAAAAUAGACAUUUAAUUGAUUAA